AUGUAUAGGAACCCUGAACUAGAUCUUUCCCUUUGUCAAAAGUGGGGAGAAGCAUCUUCUCACAUUUCCAGAAACAAGAGCAGUGACGUGACCCUUCAAAGUGGUGAUGUCAAGAAGUAUUUAAGUGCCAUGGAAAGUGAAGAAUAUUUGUCUUUGAAAGUUCCGGGCCAAAUGGCCAAACAGGACUCCUCAGUGACAUUUUGUGACAAUGAGCCCCAGGACCCUCAGAAGACAAAAAGUCUGUUUGUAACAGAAGAAAGUACUGAGAUAAAAGUAUUAGGAGGGAAAAGUCCUCCCAUAGACCAUUGUUCAGAAACCCUUCAUAUUAAACUUGUGUCUGAUGUAAUAGAAUUGGUCUCACCAUUGUUAGGUGGUGAAGCUAUUUGCCAGAAGAGCCAAUUGAAAGAAUCCUUGGAUCCCUUUGACUGUAACUGUAAUAACAUUUAUGGUUGGAAAUCACGAGUGGUCAGUCAUCAGAGAGCUCCUACAAAGAAGCAUCUCUGUAAUCAUUAUGACUCUGGCAAAAUACAUAAUACCAGCUCAGAUAGUCACUCAUGUGAGAAAAUACACAAUGCAGAGAAACAAUACCAAAGCAGUAGGUGUGGUAAGGACUUCCGUGAGAGCUCAGAACUACUACUUCAUCAGAAAGACCACACAAAAGAAAAGCCCUACAAAUGUGAGCAUUGUGGGAAGGGUUUCGCAAGGAGCUCAAGUCUCCUCAUCCAUCAAGCCAUCCACACAGAUGAGAAACCUUACAAGUGUGACAAGUGUGGGAAGGGCUUCACAAGGAGUUCAAGUCUGCUUAUCCAUCAUGCAGUCCAUACAGGCGAGAAACCUUAUAAAUGUGACAAGUGUGGGAAGGGCUUUAGUCAGAGCUCCAAAUUGCAUAUCCACCAGCGAGUGCACACUGGUGAGAAGCCCUAUGAGUGCGGGGAGUGUGGAAUGAGCUUCAGUCAGCGCUCUAACCUGCACAUCCACCAGCGAGUCCACACGGGAGAGAGGCCCUACAAAUGUGGAGAGUGUGGCAAGGGCUUUAGUCAGAGUUCGAACCUUCACAUUCACCGGUGCAUACACACAGGAGAGAAGCCUUACCAGUGCUAUGAGUGUGGGAAGGGCUUCAGCCAGAGCUCAGAUCUCCGCAUCCAUCUCAGAGUUCACACUGGGGAAAAGCCCUAUCACUGCGGCAAGUGUGGGAAAGGGUUUAGCCAGAGCUCUAAACUCCUCAUCCACCAGAGAGUACAUACUGGAGAAAAGCCCUAUGAGUGCAGCAAGUGUGGGAAGGGCUUCAGCCAGAGCUCCAACCUCCACAUCCACCAGCGAGUUCACAAGAAAGAUCCCUCUUAA